AUGGACAAGAUUAAGGAGAAACUCGAAAAGCUCCGCAUUGAGUCCGAAAGUCAUCAGUCGCGCGCAGAGAAAGCAGAAGAGGAAGCAAAGCAGCUCAAGGAGCAACUUGCUAAGCGUGAGACAGAAGUUCAGAGCCUUAAUAACAAGAUCACGCUCCUCCAAGAGAACUUGGAUCGAACUGAGAAACGCGUAGAAGAGGUUAAGCUGAAGAAAGUGGAAGGAGACAAGGAAGAAUCACAAGUGGAAACGCUGCAGCGAAAGGUCCAAUUGUUGGAGCAGCAGAUAGAAGACAAGGGACGGAGCUGGAGGGAGGUGACAGAUAAAGCCCGCGGUCUUGAACUGACCGCCGAACAAGCAGACCGUAAAGCGAAGCAGCUCGAGGCUGAUAAGACCGAGCUUGAAAAGCGACUAGACGAUAUGACACAAAAGUACAAUGUUGCUAAACAGGAGCUGGAUUCGACAUUGAAAGGACUGGAAGAUUUGUAA